AACCCAUUAAUAAUAGUCAUGUAUAUUGCAUAUUGAGUCAGCUUAGUUAGAAAGAAACACAUUAUUUCAUAUUUGGAAGGGACGAAGGGGUUUAGUUAGUAGUAGCUAGCCUAAGCAUUUUGGCCUCUUUUCCUUGUCCAUUACGAAAACGCGUCAUCAUGAUCCUCGAAAGACUGUCCCAAAAAACUCUCUUUUCUUCUUUUUAAUUAUUUUUUUAUUAGGGUUAAUAUUUGUAUUAGGGGUUAAUAUUAUGUAUAUAGAAAUAAACGCUAUAUUUGUAUCUCUUACUACUGUAGUUUUUUCGUUCCCAAUAUAUAUAGCCGUUACCCGAAGACAAAAAACACGUCACCUGAAUAAACCCUCCUCUCCCUUGACAUAAAAAGCCUCCUCCUCCUUUCCUUACUUACCGCCACACUUUCCCACCUCAGAUUCUCUCCUCCCAAACACUUCUACUGCUGAUAAUAAUAAUACUAGUUUGUUUUUGUAUUCGUUUUCUUACUGUAACCCAACUGAUCUUUCUCUCCUUCUACAAAAAUUUCUUAACUCUUGCGCCAUGUUUUGUACUACACACCAUCUCAUCCCACCCCAUCCACUCCUCCAUCAACCUCCAUAGAUCGAUCAUAUUCAUCUUUCACUACUGUACUUCUAAUACCACCCUUUCCCUUCUCUCAAAAGAUUUACAUUUAAAAAGAAAAAAAUGCUUGUAUCGGUGUUUCUGGCUCUGUUUCUACCGUGCGCAGGGAUGAGCGCAGUGUUCGUGGUCUACCUCUGUCUGUUAUGGUACGCCACGAUUCAGCAGAAUGAAGAGGCUGAUCAGUUCCGACCACCGGUGAAGCCGGCUCCUAACCAAGGGUUGUCAGCUUCGGAGCUUGAGAAGAUUCCAAAAGUUAGCGUGAAAGAGCUUGUGAUGGGGAAUGAGUGCGCCGUUUGCCUAGACGAAAUCGAAGACGGGCAACCGGCUCGGCUUCUUCCCGGCUGCAACCAUGGCUUCCACCUUCAGUGCGCCGAUACAUGGCUCUCUAAGCAUUCGGUUUGUCCGAUUUGUCGGGCCAAGCUCGACUCCCAAUUUUUCAGUGACUCUGAUCAAAAUCCUUGUUAACUAAUUAAAAUUAAUUAAAUAAUGUCGUUUCAUUUUUACUAUUUUUGUUUGAUAUAUUUUAAUUUAUAUGUACAGUAAUAUAUAUAUAUAUUUUUAUAUCAACCUGAUCUUUGUUUGUUCAGUAUCUGAACACAUCGAGUGUUAGUGCUCAUUUUUAAUCAAUUAUUAAUUUUGGUGAUAA